AUGGCAGAAUCACUAGAUUCGACCACGGCAGACAUGGGGAAUGACGGUGUGCAACAAUGCAGGAAUCUGCUGAAAGCACAAGGGAUCAAGGUAGUCGCAUUUGAUAUGGAUCAAACGGCAGUUUCAAUUCACAGUCGAGGAAGACUUAGAAGAGGGGAUCCCUUGGAAAACUUCUUGAACAAGGCGACAGAAGACUUUAAAAAGUUGGUUCCAUUUCUGCACCGAGAUGGCUUUGGCCUAUCCAUAGCAACACACUCUGAUGAGGCCGAAUUCGGGAUUCUGGUGAAGCCAGAGACACACAUCCUUGGCAGUGAGCUUGCGAGAGCCCUGAUAUCCAAGUACUUUCCUUCCGAGAUUGUCGAUUCAUUUUUCCUUGUCGCCUACAAUCCACGGGCCCGUCCUGAUGGCCACAAGGAGGAGAACAAAAUCAAGAGGUAUCACAUUCGCAAGUUAAUUGAGCAUUUCCAGGUGGAACCACACGAAAUAUUGUUUCUAGAUGAUACCAAGAAAGUAGUGGAAGAUCUAAACAAGACUUGUGGCGUCAAGGCAUUCCUGGUGGAUGAGAAGAAAGGAUUUGAACUGAGUGAUAUAUUGGAUAAUUUGUCAUAG